AUGGGCACCGUCGUGUCACUGACGGUGGACCGGGUUUCGGGCCUCAUCGCAUUAGGCAAUUGGAUUGUUACGUUUACUGCACCAUUUCUCUUGGGCAUUCUUUUGGUGAACCAUCUAGAUGGAACAUUAUCUGCUGCAAGCUGGUCUGUGCUAGCACGGCAGCUGCAUUCCAGUGACUGGCCAUCGCUGCUCCGAUCGAAAUCCGUUGCAAGCAAGAAAGUUGAUCGGAGAGUGUCUGUCGUGGCCUAUCUCAACUUGGCCAUGACCAUUUUCGGCAUCAUCUCCGGCGUUGUCUCCGUUGGUGGUCACUACGGCUGA